CAAUCAUUUUUCCAUGCUGGAUAUAGUCUCAAAAAGAGACACUUCUUCAGGAACCUGGGCUCCAUCAUAACCUAUGCCUUCCUAGGAACAGCUAUCUCAUGCUUCGUCAUUGGAAACCUGAUGUAUGGCGUGGUGAAGCUGAUGCAGUUCCUAGGGCAGCUGACUAACAAGUUCUACUACACAGACUGUCUUUUCUUUGGCGCCAUCGUCUCUGCCACUGACCCAGUGACGGUGCUGGCCAUCUUCAAUGAGCUCCAUGCAGAUGUGGAUCUUUAUGCCCUGCUGUUUGGAGAGAGUGUCAUGAACGACGCAGUGGCCAUCGUCCUCUCCUCGUCUAUUGUAGCCUAUCAGCCGGCUGGAGCCAGCACACACACCUUCGAUGCCACAGCCUUCUUCAAGUCAGUGGGGGUUUUCCUGGGCAUCUUCAGUGGAUCCUUCGCCAUGGGAGCCGUCACCGGAGUGCUCACUGCACUCGUGACCAAGUUCACCAAGCUGCACUGUUUCCCCCUGUUGGAGACAGCCCUCUUCUUCCUCAUGUCCUGGAGCACCUUCCUAUUGGCCGAGGCCUGCGGGUUCACAGGUGUCGUGGCGGUGCUAUUCUGUGGGAUCACGCAGGCCCACUACACAUACAACAACCUGUCUGAGGAGUCCACCAAGCGCACCAAGCAGCUGUUUGAGGUCCUUCACUUCCUAGCAGAGAACUUCAUCUUCUCCUACAUGGGCCUGGCUCUGUUCACCUUCCAGAACCAUGUAUUCAGCCCCAUCUUCAUCGCCGGGGCCUUCCUGGCCAUCUUCAUAGGCCGUGCCGCCAACAUCUACCCCCUCUCCUUCCUGCUCAACCUGGGACGCAGAAAGAUCAGGGGCAACUUCCAGCACAUGAUGUGA